GAAUCAAAGAAAAAGGUAGUUUUACGUUAUAAAUUCCACUCUAUUGGGUUCCAUUAACAUCACACACCAACACAAACGUUAGAUCAAGAGAUAUUCAGAGAGAAAGUGAGAGAAGCAGAGCCAUGGAGGAUUUAUCCAAUGACCAGACCAACACUCCGCUCCCAGCAGGAUCAGCAAAACAGAAGCUUCAGCGGUACGCGCUGCGGUCGGGGAAUAAAUCCAAGGACGAAACAUCUCCGGUAGCCGAAUUGCCGAACCCUUCUGCAUCUAAGCGAGGGAUUUCUACAGCAAGUGUGAGUAAAAGUGUUGGCGUUCUUGAUCUCUCUAUUAAGGACAAGUCUGUUAAGCCACCUAGAAGGCUCUCCAUUCCUGCCAAGUCGACUGUCCGUCCUGCACCAAAGCUGGCUGGAAACAUCACUCCAAUUUCAGAGGCUAGGGUGAGAAGCUCUGCUACUGGUCAGGGGAAAAGUGAUACGCCUGUUUCCAAUGUUUCCAGAACAACAAGCCGGAAGAAGUUCAGUGUUUUGUCAUCAGCAUCGUAUUGGAUAUCUCAGAUUAAGCUCUCUGAAUCUGCCGCUAAGCACUCAAUUUCACUUGGCUUUUUUAAACUUGCCUUGGAGGCAGGAUGCGAGCCUCUUCAGCGAAUGCGGGAUGAGCUCAAGUUGUAUGCUCAACGAUAUAAUAAUCUCAGUGAAUAUGGGGAGCCUUUGAAGGAAUUAUUUGAAAGGUAUAAUAUCUCAGAAAGCACAGAGCAGUUGCAGGUCUCUGAAACCUAUUCUCAGGUGCCUGAAGAGGGAACUCGAUCAUCUGAUGAUGAUGUCCAUAGCUCUUCUUCUACUGCGGGAAAUAGGAGACUGAAGCCCAGGUCUUUGAACACUGAUGCUACUCAAGCUUCGGAAGUAAGCAAAUCAGCCAAGCAGGAUACUAUUCAGAAGAAGAGUCGCACAAUCGGGACUAGGGGAUCUUUGAAUAAGAAUUCUGCCAAUUCAAAGUCUGUUUCAGAGCCUGGGGAUCGUAAAUUGCCAAAGAAACCCGAGAAGCCAACUAAGCUGGAAUCCAAUAAAGAAAAGGACAAAAUGAAACAGGGAAAGAAAUCUUCUGCUAAAGCAGUUCGAGUCAGCACUUUGCCAGCUGAGAAUAUGCCCCAGGAGAACAAAGAAAAUAUGGAUGCUGCUCUCCCAAUAGAAGAGAUCGGCUUGACCGGAGUCAGUUAGACAUUCUGCGACAAAGUUGCUGAAUUUAUCAUUCUUAUUCUCUUGGGUUUUGUCUUCAGUGUUUUUUAAGUGAGGGCUUUUCAUUUGUAUAAAAAAGUGAUAAAAGUGAAAGUGUUUCAGUCUGGUGUGGACGAUGUUUUCUUAUUUAUUUUUGUUUUAUUGGGAGAUUUAAUCUUUGAUUAUCUGUCUAGUAUUACACAGUUACUGCUGAAACCGAAGUGUAUUUGAAUCAUUAAACCUAUCUACUACUAGUUUAAUAUUUUGUAA